UAUUUUAAACCACUUAAAAGGCUAGAAGUAGCCCGACACUUUCCCGACAAGUUCUCAAAGCCUUUUUUUAUAUGCUAAGACCCUUUUUAUACGACCAAAGAAGUGUCGGGCUACUUUUAGCCUUUUGAGUGUUUUAAAAUAGCGAUUUAGUUUUUACCAUAACCACUGCCCCCAUUGUUCCAAGUUUAUAGCGUUUUGAUAGAAUCGGCUAAAAACAGCCGAAGUGACCCCCAGUGUGUGGGGGGUGUCUGGUGUCUGUGGGUCUGUGUUGGCUCUCUGCCAGCUGUCCAUUACAGUCCGUGCGUUGACAUAGGACAGCUAGAUCGGAUCAAGCCUCAUACCGAUUUUGAUACUCAAACGGACCUUGUCAAUUAUCCGUACGUACAUGGCCUUAAAGAGAUCGGAUAAUGGCCGGAGCAUGGCUGAUUCCGCUACCCUAGGUGGCGCUGUAGCCACCUGGGUGGCGCUGUAGCCCUUUCAACAAGUGGUUAUAGAGCCACUUACGGUUGACCUCUACGUCCCAGCAACAAAAAACACGGGCAGCAUUCGAGAAAGAUGUUUUCGCAGGGCUCCAGAGUUUGUUGGUGUUCCCAUGGACCUUGGCGCACUUAUCGUACAGGCGUCUCUCCGGAGACAGAGGGUUUUUCGGGACAGAACCGAUCCCUUGGCAUUGUCUGACGAUAUUCUUUAUGAGAGAUACAGAUUCGGCAUUUAUUUAAGGCAUUUAUUUAAUGGUCAAAAUAUUAUUAAUCAAUGGCGUAAAUAUCGACGGUGCAACCGGUGCAGCUGCCUGGUUGCCCCCCCCCCCCGUCAACAACUCAGCGCAAGGCAGGCACGGUCCAACGCCCCCAUGGACCUGAAGUGAACUGACAGCUGUCCCGCACACGGCAACAAUCCCUUUCUCCUCCAUGUAGCGUUUCAAUCUUGACUUCAGAGUCAAAGCCAAAAUUCCUUUGCCCCAAUUCCUUCUCCACCAUGGCCGAGAUAACCCCCACUACGAGUCAUUGUUGUGGAAGUACCAGAGCAUUGGACAACCCGACGCAGUCAUUGUUGAGAGAUGUGCCCGAAGUUACUACUUUACAACCUUGUUGAUGACCAACGUUUAGGAAAACAUGUAUUUUUAAUUCAGCCUUGGGUGAAAUCAAAGCGCAGUGUGUACUGAAUGCAUGUUGACGAUGAUAUGGGUUUUCACUUUUUAGGCCGUAAUGGCAUGACAACGGCUUCCUCCAUCUUCGUCGCCAUUUUGCGUCGCCAUUUUAAAUAAUGCUCAGUUUUUCGUUGUCCGACGGUGACAACCAUAAACAUUAAAUUAAAUAAAAAACAUUAAAAAAACAUAUUUAUGAAGAAGUAAGAAUUGUUUAUGUCUAUGGCGACAACAACACGACUACCGUCUCCUUCUACUUCUGGCUCACGUCCCCCGGCCGCAAGAUCUCGAGCAUGUGCAGAACGCGAUAUCCGACACGGGUUUAAAUGCAGGUAGAAACCGGACUAUGAUCGAGUUAUCUAGGUAUUCAUAUCCGAUUUCGCUUGUCCGUUCAUGUACCGAUUUCGGUCCGAAGUAGUUCGGGUAAAGGUGUUUACUCACUUUCAAAACAACAACAAAUGGAAACAGGAUGGCGAUUAGGAUUAUGUGGAUCAACCCCACCUUUCCGCCUCUCUUCCAUCUCUGGCUCUGAGUCCUUAUGGUCAGAUGGCUGUAUGAGGAACACGGCUUAAGGAGGUCAACGCUCCAAUCAAUCUGGUCUCGUGUCUGAGCAGCCCCGUGUUUCUGGAGGAGGACAACGACAACGACGAGCUGUCGACACACAGGAAGAAUAAGGCAGCGGAGAAGGAGCUCCACUGUAUGUCGGAAAAACUUUCCAGACGCCUUCAGGACCUUGACCAGAUGCUGCAGCGUGUGCUGGGGGAGAGCGGAGACUUAAUGACUGAAGAGGGAAAGCAUCACCAAGGGGGCUGCAGACAAACCGUAACGCCCUGCCCUCAGGCCACACAAGCCCUUCCCCUCCGCUCCCCGCCCCCUACCCAGGUACCGCCGCGGCCGGAGGGCCCCACCAGGGGAGCCAGGGGACCUGGGCGUCUGCUGCAGACCAACCUGAAGUCUGCCCCUCCCUCCAGGAGGAUCCCCGGCCGGGAGGGAGGAAGAGGAGCCUCUCAGGCCUAUGAGGAGCAGCUGAGGCGCUGUGAGGCCAGAGAGGAAGAAAGGCUGGCCCAGGAGCGGUUCCGUGCUCAGGAGGCCGAGCGGGCGUACAGGGAUGCCAUUUUAAGGGACCUCCCACAGAGAGCGUGCUCAUCUCCAGGACAAUGUGAGAGGGAGGCCCAGCUGCGCCCCCUCCCCUCCAGACCUGGCGCCGCCCGGCAACAGCAGGACCAUCCCAGGAGAGCCCCCCAAAUGAAGGUGAAGCAGAACGACCUGCUCCGUGUGCUCCUGAAAGAACUCCCUCUCCUCCAGCACUCUCCUCACGGUUUGGCUCGCAUGUGGGAGCAGCAGAUGGGCCAGGUAGAGCAGCUCCACCACCUGCCUGCCCGCAUCGCCCACAGCCAGUCACGCAAACAGGGCAGCCAGGUGGGACCCCACCACCACCGCCAGUGCUGCUUGCCAGUGGAGGAGGCCAAGCGCAGACGGGACCUCCUGGUGGAGAUCAUCCGCAAAGAGAGAGAGCACCACAAGAGACUGCGGGACUUCAAGGAGAGGAUCCAGCAGCAGAAGGCCGCCCAGAACCGGCUCAGGGAGCAGAGGCAGCAGGUGGCCCGCGCCAGGAAUUACCACAGCAGCUUCCACGUGCAGCUCCGCGCACAUCUGACCCGCGCACGCUCCAAGGAGGAGAAGAUGCUGCGGGAGGUUUUCUCAGAGGGGCUUGCGUUGCAAAAGGCCAGUUUGAAGGACAUGCUGCUGUGAGUUCUGAGACUCCGCUGGCUGAACAGUCAUUGGCUAGAGGGUCGAGGGGUGGGGCGAUGACGUCAUGGUUUACGGUUUCAGUAGGUUUCAGGCGUCCACACGAAUCCAAAACGAAACCGGGUAGAUUUGAAACCACCUCCGAGGGUGGUUUCAGAAGUUUACGGUUUCGGUCAGCGGAUUCGCCGGCUUCGUGUGGACAGAAGGCCGAACCGUACAAGACCUUUGCGGUUUCGCCAUGAAAUCGGCUUCGUGUGGACGUGGCCAAAACUGUUAUUCUGAAAACUGAAAUUCCGUUUGGAUAUGAUUGAAGAUUGAAGUGUGUCGAUUUGUUUAGUGGUUUGAAUGAUGGUAAACAGUUGCAAUUUGGCAUUUCCACUUCCUCGUCCAUCCCAUGGUCAAA